UCUCACUUCUGCCCACGGGCUUGCUAGCUGGAUCUAUACGACUGCUGCUAUUCGUUACAUCUGACACGUGGGAUUGGAUCCCUGCAGCCGAUUGGUCAGUCAACUGCUCAGGCGCGAUUUUGCAACGCGGGACAACGCUCUGUGGGCGCACACAGCACAGGUCAGUUCAGACGACCCGUUGCGCCAAGAAGGAAUCUUAUCUUCAUCUUCAUAUCCAACUGUAUCUUUUGCGGAUACUUUGUAGCGAACCACGGGUCCGAGAUUUUACUAUUGCUCUUUGGAAAUGAAGGACAUAUUCACUCCAGAUUGAAAAGGCGAUCUAUUGAUAACUUGUACUCAUUGAUUUUUUUUUUUAAAUAAUCAAAUAGUUACUUUGACAGUUUUUGCUUGCUUUUGCCGGAGUUUUGACACCCAUACGAUGGCCGAUAACAACCACCCGCACGUUAUUUUCUGCAACAACUCGCCCAAAAGAGUUUUGGUGUCUGUUAUUAAGACCACACCGAUCAAACCCAGGAAUGCGGAGGCCCUGACGCCGACAAGUCCCGGCUUCAGCGACUUCAUGGUCUACCCGUGGAAAUGGGGGGAGAACGCCCACAAUGUGACCCUGAGCCCGGGAUCAGUGAGCGGGGCUUCGUCACCUACCGGGACCCAGACGGCCAGGGAAGCGGACACGGAUCCUACACCGGACCAAAUCAGGGAUGGCAUCCGCAGAGGGCGUCCACGGGCCGACACCGUUAGGGAGCUCAUAAGCGAAGGGGAGACUUCAUCCAGCCAUAUUCGCUGUAACAUCUGCAACCGAGUGUUUCCCAGAGAGAAGUCUCUUCAGGCUCAUAAGAGGACACACACAGGAGAGAGACCCUACCUGUGUGACUACCCAAACUGCGGGAAGGCAUUUGUCCAGAGUGGUCAGCUGAAGACGCACCAGCGGCUGCACACUGGAGAAAAACCCUUUGUCUGCUCAGAGAAAGGAUGUGGCAAUCGGUUCACACAUGCCAACCGUCACUGUCCCAAGCAUCCUUUCUCCCGUCUGAAGAGAGAGGAACCAAAGGAGGGCCAGGAGAAGGCUCAGUCUGUGGAUAACAAGGCUGUGGCAGAGUGGCUUGUAAAGUACUGGCGAACUCGUGAGCAGCGUUCUCCCACAACUACCAAGGUGAAGCCCCAGGGCAAGGCAAGAGCAGAGGAUCAGGAGCAGCAGGAUCCCAUGGAGUUUCUCCAGUCCGAUGAAGAGAACGGGGAAGAGGAAGAGACGGCAGAGGAAGAGAAGGGCAGCCAGGGAGGAGCCGCCAAGCGGCGCCUCCAGGAGCAACGAGAGCGUCUCCACGGUGCUCUGGCACUCAUUGAGCUGGCCAACAACCUGUCUCCCUGAACACCCACCCGCGUCCUGAUCCUGGACUCCCAUUCCCUGUCCCUAAUAUCUCUAUUCUCAACCCGCCUUCCUGCAGUAUGUGCUGUAGCUAGAAAGCGUUCAUUAAUGCAGAUCAAUGACUAGUUUAUUCUAUCAAGUUGUGGAAUCAGACUUUGAGAGAGAGCUGAAUUGGCCUGAGAUCCGUGUUAUGCACCGCAUCAUCUAUUCCCCCUCAGCACCAGGAAGGUACAAGCUAAAGCACCUUAUUCAGCUUCCAUUUUAUCCUUUUAGGCUGCUAUAAUUGUAGAUUUGACUAUAUGAAGAAUGUAUCUUUCUUUCUUCUAAAGGCAAAGAAAGAUUGUUUUAAUUUGUUUUGUUUGCACUUUGAUGGUAACGAGUUUUUUUGAGUGUAUUGAGUGUAACAGAGUGUGUAUGACUGAUGUGUAUAUGGAUUAAGCUCAGAUGGAAAGAAUGAUACAGGGUGUGGUCAAACAUGGGAAAUGUCAAGUUGCAUUCUAACUGUCAGAUGGCCUCUCAUCAUGCUCCUAGGUUUCAUCUAAGCACAAUUUCACUGCCACAGAAGACAGUAGUGGUGGUAGAAAUGGACUGAGAAACGUUCCGAUAAUUCAAGUUUAAGCCUCACCAAUACAGCACGCUCCAAGAAGUGUGCAUCGGUGGACUAAAAAGAGAAGAGAGAUUAAUCAGUCUGGCAUGUGACGUGGUCAUUUUUUUUCAUAUGCGAAUGCGAGGUGAUCAUUGCAAGCAUAAUCCAGAGGUCUGGUUAGGCAUAAACUUUUCAAAAAAAUCAUUAUCAUAUAAUUGUAUCCGCAUGACAUAACCUGAGGCGCGCAGAAAAAGUUCACCGGGCACACUAUCUUACGCAUUUAGUUAAGUAAUCUGGAAUAUUUAAAAGGGCCAGAGUGCCUUUUAGGACAUGCCAUAUUUACAUUUUACCUGGACGUUUUUUCUCAUAAAUACAAGAAACAGGUUAAACCUGCAGACCUAAAGUCAUUUUCCAACCAGACGGGAGAUAUUUUACAAUGGAUGAUGUCAGUCAACUUUUAUAUUAAAAGGUGGCAGACCAGUAACGAUACGGGCAUCAUAGUUGUGGGUGGUGCAUCUAUGUCAUCUCAUUGCAAAGGUUAAAUUAUGAGAUAUUUAUUUUUGCCAUAUAUUUGUUUUCUUUUUUUGGCUAACUUUUUGUUCAACUUUGAUAGCCUUGAAAUCUUUUGACAUGUGAAGGGAAAUAUUCCAGCACCAGCAAAAAUCUGCCAAGUUUUAACCACAAAAUCUUUUUAAAAUAUGUCACAAAUGUAGACAUCCCAUUGAUUUUUAUUUAGCACUUAUACCCCUUAUUCUUGGAUUAAGCUUGCAAUGCACUGAAGAUUAGAUUUGUUGUACCUGUCCAAGAAAAUGGCACCUGUUUUUGAUAAACUUAUUUUGUGGUGCUGGGUGUUUUUUUUCCUUUUUCUUUUAAGCAACACUACAUCCGUUGACAAUGUAUGAAGCCUCUCAUAACGGCCCUGUCUAUGGUUGUUUUGGGAAACUGCACCAACAACCUGUCACUCUAGCUGUGAUGUUUGAAUCGGAUUGAUUUACAAAUUACCCUUGUGGAGUUACAGUGAAACUGGAAGGCAAGUGGAUUGUUGAUAAUCGAAACACCAAAUGAUUUAUUUGUACCCAAUUAUAGUACAUUUUGAAACAUUUCUAACCCUUAGUCUGUUAUGUGGUUUGAGAAGAGUAUGGCAUUUAAUAUAUACACAUUGUGUUAGUUAGAAUAUUGAGUGUGCACAAUUUACAGAGAGCUUUGAAGAUGAAAUUUAGUUUCAGUUUUCACCUCUGCUAACAUCCUCCAACAGUUUUUCAUGUUUGUGACAUGUAUAGAGUGAUCCUGCUUGCUUGGUAGACAUUUUAUUACACGUUAAGAUUUCUCUGACAGGCUGUCCACAUUGUUAUAUGUCUUGGUUAUCAAUAAACAUUCACUGAACAGA